CAGCUUGCUUCACUGAUCCAACUCCAUUCACAGCAUGUCGCCAGCAGCAACAAAGGCGAAGAAGGUCAGCAGUACGGCAAAGAAAGAAGUCAAUGACAAGUCUAAAGAGUUUGAAGAAUUCGAAAAGCUUCUCACUGAUUCAGCAAAGCGAACAAGAGAGCUUUUCUCCACAGCUUACAGCCAAGCGGUGAUGGAUGAACAAGCAAGUCAACGUGUUAAAUUGACAACAAAGAUUCACGAUGAGUACGAUGGGGUUCGAAAGUUGCCAGACGCAUUGAUCAAACAGCAGAAUGAAGCAAAGAAAAAUGCUACUAGACGAGCGGCCGGUCCUGCAGCACUAGCUAAGAAGACAACAAUGGAAGAAGCUACUGAAGAUGCAGAUACUGAAAUGGCUGAUAGCUCUGUACAGCAACUCAUAAAUAGUAUUCCCGAGAAAUCAGACACUGGUUCAGCCCAAGCUGGAACAGUAGCAUUGAGAUCGAAUAAUCCCUUCCCAGACAUUCCAGAUAUUAGUGGAGGAUCUCUUGUACGCCGAGCACAAGCAAGGGCCAUUAAACCAGUUUGGCAUGCACCAUGGAAGCUUAUGCGCGUUAUUAGUGGCCAUUUGGGUUGGGUAAGAUCAGUCACAGUAGAACCUGGUAACAAGUGGUUUGCUACUGGUGCUGGCGAUCGUACCAUCAAGAUUUGGGACUUGGCAUCAGGCACCUUAAAAUUGUCACUUACUGGUCACAUCAGCACUGUUCGUGGACUUGCUGUUUCAUCUCGCCACCCAUACCUCUUUUCGUGCGGUGAAGAUAAAAUGGUCAAAUGCUGGGAUUUAGAACAAAACAAGGUCAUUCGCCAUUACCAUGGCCAUCUAUCAGGUGUAUACUCCCUCAGUUUGCAUCCUACAUUAGACUUACUUGUCACAGCCGGCCGUGAUGCCACAGCAAGAGUUUGGGAUAUGCGAACGAAGCAUUGCGUUCACGUUUUGACUGGUCACACCUCAACGGUAGCGGAUGUUAAGUGUCAGGAGGCGGAUCCACAAGUCAUAACUGGAUCUAUGGAUAGUACUAUCAGACUAUGGGAUUUAGCUGCUGGCAAGACAAUGUCAACUUUGACGCAUCAUAAGAAAAGUGUUCGUGCUCUUGCACUACACCCUACAGAAUUUGGAUUUGCUAGUGGAAGCGCGGAUAAUAUCAAGGGAUGGAAGUGCCCAGAAGGCACGUUUAUGCAUAACUUUGAAGGCAACAACUCUAUAAUCAACACCUUGGCACUUAAUCAAGAUGGCGUUCUCUUCUCUGGUGGCGACAACGGUCAAAUGGCGUUCCAUGAUUGGAGGUCUGGUCACCGUUUCCAAUCUGUGGAGACCACUGUUCAGCCUGGAUCGUUGGACGCUGAAGCUGGUAUUUUCGCCAGUACUUUUGAUCACACUGGAUCUCGUUUGAUUACGUGUGAAGCAGACAAGACGAUUAAAAUUUGGAAGGAAGACGAAGAUGCCACCGAAGAUUCUUAUCCUUUAGACUGGAGACCGACUAUCAAGCGAAGACGAUACUAAAUAGCCUUUUGUAGUUUCACAGUUUUUGUUUUUCUUUUAUUGGUGGCAUUGAAAUUGUUA